UCCAGCAGGGACCAGGGGAGCAGAAGUCCUCCAGCAGGAGCCAGGGGAGCAGAGCUGGUGUGAAACAAAGACAGACAGGAAGCCUUGCUCGCUCCUAUUGUUAUCGGGACUGCAACCCAAGGAAAAGGAGACGAAGACAAAGAUGGACAGUGUCUUGGACCCUUUCUCCGGGCUGGACGCUUUCUCAUCCCCUCCUUACUUUGAUGACGACGAGUUUUUCACUGACCAGUCUUCCAGAGACGGACACUUGGACACGGACGACUUUUUGGACGAGGACGUCGACUUUCUUAACAACCACUUCCAAGACUAUUACAGCAAGGACAGCGGUACCAGAGCGGCGCUCCAUGAUGGGGACUAUGACAUCGGCAACUUUUCCUUCUCCUCCUCUUCCUCCACCUUCUCGUACGGCUGCGCCGACAGCACUCCGGAGCUCUCGCCCCAGAUGAGGAGUCACCACGGCGGGCCGCUGCUGAAGCGCAGGAGGCGGCUGAGAUCCGAGGUGGAGGUCCAGCAGCUGAGACAGGCGGCCAACGUCAGGGAGCGGCGGCGGAUGCAGUCCAUCAACGACGCCUUCGAGGGGCUGCGCUCGCACAUCCCCACGCUGCCCUACGAGAAGCGCCUGUCCAAGGUGGACACGCUGCGCCUCGCCAUCGGCUACAUCAACUUCCUCGCCGAGCUCGUGCAGUCGGACAUGCCCAUCAGGAACUCGAACAACGAAGCGCACACGCCGCCCAAGAAGGUCAUCAUAUGUCACCGAGGCACCACCAGGUCUCCCUCUCCCAGCGACCCGGACUAUGGUCUGCCGCCUCUGGCCGGCCACUCGCUGUCGUGGACGGACGAGAAGCAGCUGCGGGACAAGAACAUUAUUCGGACAGCAAAGGUCUGGACCCCCGAAGACCCCCGGAAACUUCACAUGAAAUCCUCCCUCACCAACAUAGAAAACCAACCUCCCUUCGGCCUGGUGUCCUGAAGACAAGAGACACGGACUGUCUGGGCACGGACACACCGGAGUACAGACGGUCACUGUCUGGGCACGGACACACCG